AUUUUGUGUUACAGAACUGCCCUGACUUGACUGGGUUACGUUUUUUAUUUGUUAACCUAGCCAAAAUUACCGGGCAAAAUGGCGUGGGCCAAUCAGGGAAUGCAAGCGCUCAUUCCCGUCAUAAAUAGGGUCCAGGAUGCAUUUUCUCAACUAGGAACGACUGUAAAUUUUGAACUGCCUCAAAUUGCUGUAGUUGGUGGACAAAGUGCUGGAAAAUCAUCAGUACUAGAAAAUUUUGUUGGAAGAGAUUUCCUACCUCGUGGAUCUGGUAUAGUGACACGACGUCCUUUGAUUCUGCAGCUUAUUCAUGAUAGAAAUGAAUAUGCUGAGUUUUUACAUAAGAAAGGAAAUUAUUUCACCGAUUUUGAUGCAGUACGCAAAGAAAUUGAGGACGAAACUGACAGAGUAACAGGCCAGAAUAAGGGAAUAUCACCUCAUCCCAUCAAUUUGCGAGUUUUCAGUCCUAAUGUGCUGAAUCUCACACUUAUUGAUCUUCCCGGUUUGACCAAAGUUCCAGUGGGUGACCAACCGCCCGAUAUAGAACAUCAGAUUCGAGAAAUGAUUCUAACUUUCAUUAGCAGGGAAACCUGCUUGAUUCUAGCCGUUACACCAGCCAACAGUGAUCUUGCGACAUCAGAUGCAUUGAAGCUGGCAAAGGAAGUUGAUCCACAAGGUUUGCGUACUAUUGGUGUGCUGACAAAGCUGGAUCUUAUGGAUGAAGGCACCGAUGCCCGCGAUAUUUUGGAGAAUCGAUUGUUCCCUUUGAGACGUGGUUACGUCGGAGUGGUCAAUCGUGGUCAAAAAGAUAUUGUUGGGAAAAAGGAUAUUCGCUCAGCUUUGGAUGCCGAAAGGAAGUUCUUCUUGUCACAUCCAUCAUAUAGGCAUAUGGCCGAUCGGCUAGGUACUAGCUAUCUUCAGCAUACCCUAAAUCAGCAAUUGACGAACCACAUUAGAGACACAUUGCCAACUUUGCGUGACAGCUUGCAGAAGAAACUUUUUGCGCUAGAAAAGGAUGUUGCUGAAUAUAAAAAUUUCCAGCCAAAUGAUCCGGGACGGAAAACAAAAGCUUUGCUACAAAUGGUGCAACAGUUCACCAUGGACAUUGAAAGAUCCAUUGAAGGUUCUUCAGCAAAAUUGGUUUCGACAAAUGAACUUAGUGGUGGAGCCAGGAUAAAUAGACUUUUCCAUGAACGAUUCCCAUUCGAAAUUGUAAAAAUGGAAAUUGAUGAAAAAGAGAUGAGGAAAGAGAUCCAGUUUGCUAUCCGGAAUAUCCAUGGUAUCAGGGUCGGUCUCUUCACACCUGACAUGGCCUUCGAAGCUAUCGCAAAGAAGCAGAUUGCCCGAUUGAAGGAACCAUCAUUGAAAUGCGUCGAUCUCGUUGUCAACGAGCUUGCCAAUGUUAUCAGACAGUGUGCUGAGUGUCUUGCACGCUAUCCACGUCUUCGUGACGAAAUUGAACGAAUUGUUGUCACAAGAGUUCGCGAAAAGGAACAAUAUGCAAAGAGUCAAAUUUCACUUAUCGUUGAUUACGAACUCGCAUAUAUGAAUACAAAUCACGAGGACUUCAUAGGCUUCAGCAAUGCUGAGGCUAAAGCAUCGCAAGGGCAAUCGACGAAAAAGAACCUUGGUGUACAAGUCAUACGCAAAGGAUGGCUGUCCAUAAAUAACAUAUCGUUCAUCAAAGGCUCGAAGGAUUGUUGGUUUGUUCUGAUGUCUGACAGCUUAAGUUGGUUCAAGGAUGAUGAGGAGAAGGAGAAGAAAUACAUGCUUCCGUUAGAUGGCAUCAAAUUGCGUGACAUCGAAAGUGGUUUCAUGUCCCGUCAGCAUAAAUUUGCUCUUUUCUACCCAGAUGGAAAGAACAUCUACAAAGACUACAAACAACUAGAAUUGGGAUGCAACAAUCUGGAUGAGGUUGAUGCAUGGAAAGCGUCUUUCCUGCGUGCCGGUGUUUAUCCUGAGAAAUCAAAAGUAGCGACUGAGGAUGAGAAUCAAGAAAUUGUUGAAGAGACUUCUAUGGAUCCACAGCUGGAGCGUCAAGUAGAAACAAUCCGUAAUCUAGUAGAUUCCUAUAUGAGAAUCGUCACGAAAACCAUCAAGGAUCUCGUACCCAAAGCCGUAAUGCACCUCAUUGUUUCACAGGUUACGCAGUUCAUGCACGAUGAGUUGUUAGCUCAUAUAUAUCAAUGUGGAGACACGGACUCGUUAAUGGAGGAAUCUCAGCAAGAAGCCCAAAAACGUGAAGAUAUGCUUCGGAUGUAUCAUGCAUGUAAAGAAGCUCUUCGUAUCAUUUCUGAAGUUAACAUGUCGACACUUGGCGAUGUACCUCCUCCACUUCCUCCUAGUGACUAUCGGCCUAUGCCAUCUGGGCCAUCGCCUGUACCACGUCCUGCACCUGCGCCUCCUGGUGCACGUCAAGCACCAAUGCCACCCCGCCCAGGCGGUCCCGGUGGACCUCCUCCCCAUCGCGGUCCUCCUGGACCUCCACCUGGCAUGGGAGGUUAUCCUCCUCCACUGAUUCCCACACGAGUACCCACUCCCAGCAACGGAGCGCCUCAAGUUCCAGCACGACCUAUCGUACCAGCGCGACCGUUCUAAGAUAGCGAUUAUAGCCAUAGACUCGUGUAUCGUGAGUUGUGCAAGGUUCUCUUAAUUUAUCGGUUGAUAUUUAUUCCAGUGACUAGAUGUGAUGUGAUUUCCUUUGUAUGUUGUAAGUAAUUGCUUUACAUGCCCUAAUUCAGAUGUACUAUACACAUGUUUUGGACCGAUAAUAUGAUGUUUGUGAAUAAUAUAUCUUGAAAGUAGAGUUUUAGAGGUUAUGGAGCAUUUUUUUUUGUCCUUUGCAAUCUGCAAUAAACCACUGUAGCCUAUCAGCUGUAAGGCGUUUUUGAGUUAUUGUGGCUAUGAUAAUUACGUCUUUUUCAUCUGUCGAAUGUAUAUUUUGCAGAAUGUUGUAUUUUCAUGACAAUUCUUUACAU